GGGGGCGGGGGACUCGGCUUGUUGUGUUGCUGCCCGAGACCAGAGGCGGUCUUGCUGCGGCCACAGCUCUUCUAGCCGCCUGACAAUGUCGUCUCAUUUAGUACAGCAGCCGCCGCCCCCGCACAACAACAACAACAACUGCGAGGAAGGUGAACAGCCUUUGCCCCCGCCAGCCGGCCUCAACAGUUCCUGGGUGGAGCUACCCAUGAACAGCAGCAAUGGCAAUGAUAAUGGCAAUGGGAAAAAUGGGGGGCUAGAACAUGUACCUUCCUCAUCCUCUAUCCACAAUGGAGACAUGGAGAAGAUUCUUUUGGAUGCACAACAUGAAUCAGGACAGAGUAGUUCAAGAGCCAGCUCUCACUGUGACAGCCCUUCCCCACAAGAAGAUGGGCAGAUUAUGUUUGAUGUGGAGAUGCACACCAGCAGGGACCAUAGCUCUCAGGUGUGUGCGUGUGUGUGUGCUUGUUUUUCUGAUAUACGGUAAAUAAUUAGGAAUGCG